UUAAAAAAUUUAUGGCCAUUUUAUUGAAGAACUUUUCAGAUAUAAAGAAUUCCAGAAAUUUUGAUGGGAAAAAUAUGGUAACAGUGUUUCGGUUUUGCCACUGUGCUUCGAUACACGUUGCCUGUCUGAACGUUUGCUGUUCUAAAGAUGACGUGCAGUACAUUUUUUAAUAAGUUAAACAAAUAGUAAAGUUUGUCUUUUAUUUCUAUUGUUUUCUUUUUUUUUUUUUUUCGUAUCUGUUUGAUAUCAAACAAUCAUUAUCUAUAACAUAGAUCUAUGUCAAGAGUUUUUAUUAUAUAUACAGCGAAUAAAUUGCUUUUCCUUCGUGUUAUUAUUUAUUAUAUGUAUGUUGUCUUUUCAAUACAUAUGGAAUAAUUCAUUUGCACUAAACAUACAAUAAGGAUUUCCAAGGAUUACGUUUUAUUGGAUAGUUGUCCUGAAAGAUGGGUGAUCAGCAGAUAAUUUGCUUGAUCAAAUGGUUAGAUACCUUUGAUCUUCAAGCUGCUCAUUCAUCGCUAGAAGAUAUAAGUGAUGGUGUUGCGUUGGCCGAAGUUCUAGCUCAAAUAGCACCAGAAUGGUUUACAGCAGUUUGGCGGGCAAAAAUUAAGACAGAUGUUAAUUCUAAUUGGCGUCUCAAAGUCAGUAAUCUUAAAAAAAUUAUUGAAGCUGUCAUGGAAUAUUAUAUAGAGUGUUUGAAUCAACAAUUGUCAGGCUAUGUAAAGCCGGAUGCUGGUAAGAUAGGAGAGCACUGCGACAGAGACGAAUUAUGUCGUUUAUUGCAACUUAUUCUUGGGUGUGCUGUAAACUGCAAUCAGAAGCAACAAUAUAUAACCAGAAUUAUGAGUAUGGAGGAGUCCGUGCAACAAGCUAUAAUGCAAAGUAUUCAAACAUUGGAAAGUAGUAUGCAUGGUCCUAGAUUAAGCUUGGGCACCAGUCUUAACUUUGAAUCAUUAGACGCAACGGAUGGUGCUCAACAAAGAUUAUUGUCAGAAUUGCAAAUAGCAGUUGAUAUGAAAGAACAAUUAGAACAAAGAUGCCAUGAACUUGAUCAACAACUUUCUCUUCUUCAGGAAGAAAAAGUAGGAUUAAUCGCUGAAAAUAAGAAACUUCAAGAAAGAUUGGACGAAUUUGAAAAUCCUGAAGAUUCAGGUUCUAUUUUAAAAUAUUCUAGUCUUCGAAAACAGGUAGAAGCUCUCAAAGAUGAAGUAUUUAAAUUGGAGACCUCUAGGGAUGAUUAUAGAUUAAAGAUAGAACUGUUAGAGAAAGAGGUAUUAGAAUUGCAGACUAAGCAAGAAGAUUUACAAAAAUCAGCGGACGAAGCCAAUAUCCUAAAAGAUGAAGUAGAUGCAUUACGCGAAACGGCAGACAAAGUAGCAAAGUACGAACUUACUAUAGAUUCUUACAAAAAAAAGAUGGAAGAUCUGAGCGAUCUGAGGCGACAGGUAAAAAUUUUAGAAGAAAAAAAUAUGGAAUACUUACAAGCCAAGAUUGAUUAUGAGGAGGAGAUAAAACGAGCUGGGAUGUUGCGCAAUCAUUUGGAACUGUGUAAACAGCAACUUGCAGAAGUUAGUCACAAGUUAGAUGAACAAAGUAAUAAAUGUGAUCGACUCGAAUUUCAAGGGAAAAAGAUGGAGGCAAAAUUGAGUUCCGUCCAAAGAGAAAGAGAUAGAUUAAUCAUAGAACGAGAUGCUUUGAAAGAAACAAAUGAGGAAUUAAAGUGUACGCAAUUACAAGCAGCAGAAAAUGUUUCUAAGCCUGUAUCAGAUGAUGCGGUAGAUAGUACAGAAAUGAUUCCGUUUGAUAUUAAAGAGAGAUUAUUUUUACAAUAUGAGAAUAAAAUAUUAAAAUUAACAGAAAAAGGUAAUGAAGAUAAAUUACCUACCGUGCAAGCGCUACUUGAACAUUCUGAAGAACAAUUAAAUACUCUCAGAGGACAAAAUCAUGAAGCUAAUCAGAGGAUAAUUGAAUUAGAAAAUAAAUUGGAAGAAGCAAUUGGGAAUCAAUCUAGUACCGAUGUUAAAAAUUAUAAUAUUACGCUACAACAAAAAAUAACACAAUUGCAGGAUGAAUUGAGAAGAGCACAAGUAGAACGAGACCGUUUGGUAUUACAAAUUGAGGAUCGAGAUAAUGCAUUACAGAGUCAGAAACAGAAAGCCUUUACAUUGCAAGAAAAAUUGACACGACGUGAAUAUGAUAACGCAGCACUCGAAGAACGUUAUAAGAAGUACAUUGAGAAAGCAAAAAGUGUUAUAAAAAGUUUAGAUCCUAAGCAAAAUAAUUCUUCCCCUUCUGAAAUUGUUGUCUUACGUAAUCAAAUUUUAGAACAACGUAAAAUAAUUGAAGAUAUGGAAAGAUCAUUGAAAGAAUCCAAAAUGGUCAGAGAAAUGGAAGAAAAGUUAAUGAUAUCAGCAUUUUAUCGUUUAGGGUUGUCUUCUCAUAGGGAAGCAUUAGAUCAACAUCUUGUAGCACUUAGCUCGGGACAAGGGCAAUCCUUUCUUGCCAGGCAAAGACAACCCUCGGCACGACGUUAUCCGCAAUUUAAUUCUAAGUGAAAAUGAGACAAAAUAUACCUUAUUGAAAAGUUUUUAGCGUAAUACUAGAUUUAAUAUAUAAUUUUAUUUUAUGUGAUUUAUACAUUAUACGAAUGUAUUUAUAUAUUUAUUUACAGAUUACACACAGAUGUAAUUUAUUUUAUUAUAAAUAUUACAUUCAUAUGUAUAUACAUGUACAGAUAUAACAUAAUAUGUAAAAUUAUUUAUUGUAAAUAUUGUAAAAUUUAAUAAUAAGAUAUUAUCAUUUUGUGCUAAAAAUUAAAUAUACCAUCUAUAUAGUACAAGUAUCACAAUCUCCAUAUUUACUACAAAUGUAUUAGAGCUUUCAAUAUUGAAUUUUUGUCAAAGUAUAUCAUUAUUAAAAGGUUUCCAUAAUUAUACAUAAAUAAUAAUUAAGUUUUAUUUAAAACAUUGUUAUUAUUAUUAUUAUUAUUAUUAUUAUUAUUAUUAUUAUUAUUAUUAUUAUUAUUAUUAUUAUUAUUACUAUUCUGCCUACUAUCAAAAGAAAGUAGUAAGAUAUUAAAAAAUUUAUGGAAUAUGAGAAAUUAAUCGAAACUAUUGAGGAAUGUAAUUUUAUCAAAAGUGAACAAAUGCAGUGUAUUAAAAGUUAUACAAAAAUAUCACUUUCAUCAACUAUUAUCAUAUAUAAUACUGAAGAAAUAAGAUGCCACAUAUUGAAAAGUGAAAUUUGUUUUUAAUAUCUAAUAUAAUAAAAAUAUCUCUUUGUGUAAUGUGUAA